CCCGGCGUCGGCCUGCGCGUGUUCCGCCUCACCUCCCCGGCGAGGCGUAGGCCUGAUGCGGACGCGGGCAUCCAGGCCUGGCGCGGGCGGCGGGACACGAGGGGCUAAGCCCCCCGAGCCCGUGGGCCUCCGCACUCCCCGGUCCUCCGCUGGCCUGGGACGCGGCUCCGCCCUCGGUGCCCGCGGGCCGAGAGGAGGAGGGCGGCGGCCUGCAGCGGGAGGACGCCCGGCCUCGGCCUGGGAGAACACGCUCCCGGCCCUAGCUCGUCUCACUCAGCGGUGCAGAGACGGAGUACAUCCUGGCCUGGCCGCAGUUUUGGAGGCUGAUGCCAAGAUGGUGCUUCAAGUGCUGAGUCUUCAUACAGCAGAAGUCAAGGACAGGCCCAGUGCCAUGUGAAGCCUCUUUAUAAGAUCCCAUUCAGAGGGAGGAGCCCUCCUGGGCUGAUCAACUCUUAAAGGCUCCUUGGUUUUGCUUCAACAUUACAACUUUGUCUAGUUUUCAUUA